CUCUUCUGUCGGGAAACUGGUGUCUCUUCCCUUGCUGUUCCUCAGCCCCCUCUCUCCCCCUUGCUUUCUCACCUUCUCUGGGACCACUCACCCAAAGACCUCCCUUCUCCCCUGCCGGCCCAAUUAUGGCAGAGAAUGAUGUGGACAAUGAGCUCUUGGACUAUGAAGACGACGAGGUGGAGACAGCAGCAGGUGGAGAUGGGACGGAAGCUCCUGCCAAGAAAGACGUGAAGGGCUCCUACGUCUCCAUCCACAGCUCCGGCUUUCGAGACUUCCUGCUCAAGCCAGAGUUGCUCCGGGCCAUCGUGGACUGUGGCUUUGAGCAUCCAUCAGAGGUCCAGCAUGAAUGCAUCCCACAGGCCAUUCUGGGGAUGGAUGUCCUGUGCCAGGCCAAGUCAGGCAUGGGGAAGACAGCAGUGUUUGUCCUGGCCACACUGCAGCAGCUGGAGCCAAUCACUGGGCAGGUGUCUGUGCUGGUGAUGUGUCACACUAGGGAGUUGGCUUUUCAGAUCAGCAAGGAAUACGAGCGCUUCUCAAAGUACAUGCCGAAUGUCAAGGUGGCAGUGUUUUUUGGCGGUCUGUCUAUCAAGAAGGAUGAAGAGGUGCUGAAGAAGAACUGCCCACACAUCGUGGUGGGGACUCCUGGCCGAAUUCUAGCCCUGGCUCGAAAUAAGAGCCUGAACCUCAAGCACAUUAAACACUUUAUCUUGGACGAAUGUGACAAGAUGCUUGAACAGCUCGACAUGCGUCGGGAUGUCCAGGAAAUUUUUCGCAUGACCCCCCAUGAGAAGCAGGUCAUGAUGUUCAGUGCUACCUUGAGCAAAGAGAUCCGGCCAGUCUGCCGCAAGUUCAUGCAAGAUGUAAAUACCCUUCUACCUUCUCUCCCUCCACUCCCCGCCCGAUGCCUCCUCCCCCUCCUCGCCCUCUUCCUCAGACUCCCUUGUCCUUCAAGCACCAAGAAGGGAGCUUAUGUCCAUCUGGGAGUGACGACUCCUUGAAGAAAAACAGAGAGGCAGAGACAGUUAGCGAUAGGGGCUGUGCGCGUGCCAGGGACACUCCGGAAGACUUGGUCGGGCUAACGUGAGAGCGGGUAGCAUUUGACAUUUUUGAAUCACAUGUUUGAGCCUCUUCUCCCUACCCAGGGGUAGGGCAAGAUUUUGUGCCCUAUCGCCUGCCCAUCAACUCCACACACCCCACAGCCACACCCCCUCCAGGUGGCAUGGAGCCUUCAGCUGGAGCUUCUGUUCCCCGAAACUCAGACAUGUCAGUGGCAGGAGAGCAAGACAGGGACAGUCAGUCAAGUGGCAGGGCCUGUCCAGAAGAAGAACAGACAAACAGCACCAUAAACCCACCAGUCCCCACCUCCAAGGGCGGGGGCCUUUGGCACCUCAGCCCCGCAGCCCCCCACUCCUUCCUGUCCAUACCUCCUUGCACCCAUCGGAGCCUUGGUUGAUGAGAGCUGACAGCAGAGAAGCACUGAGGCACGACGGGAGAAUUCAGACCUACGAGCCGUGGAUGGCAGCAGCGGAGGCCACGGGGAGCCUGACCAGGAUGCUGAGGACCAAGCCAGCCUCUUUUCCUGUGCCCGGUUUUUUCCUGAACCUAAUGUGCUGUACCCCGUUUUCCCCAUACCUGUUGGGAGGGUGUCUUGAGUGGGGUGGUGGAUUUUUUUCCUUUUUGUUUUUUAUGAUGGGAAGAGACAAAAGACAAGUUGUACUGAGAUGUAACAAGUGGGUCUCGGUGCCGAGACUGAGCAGGGGGUGGGGUGUCCUUCCCUCCCUGACCCUUUCCUUCCCUUGAGAAGAUGCUUUGCUCUUGGGCCAGGCGAGGGGCUAGAAUUAGGAGGAGGCUGUGAGACUUUAUUUGGGGAGUUUCCUCGCCAGGCUGCUUUCUGGAAGAGACUUCUGUGACACCCACUUAGUCCCUUGCUCUAUGUGAACUGUCUCAGACAGGAUGGAGAGUGGGGAAAGUCUGUCCUGCAGUUAACUGGUGUCUGUCCAUUGUUGAUGUCCUUUUUCCCUUCAAGGGUUGGGGUGGGUGUACAGUUUUUGUAAAAUGUAAGGUCCAUUCCUUUCAAUUGUCCUUUUCCCUUUGAUGCAGAAACCUCUCUAUUAUUAGAUGUUCACAGAAAAAGAACAGGGCAGGGAAGCUGUAAAUCUCACAGCUGCUGGGAGGAGGGAGCAGGAGGAGAGGAGGAGAGAAGCCAUGCCCUUAGAGUCCAGGAAAGCGGACAUCUGCAGGGGUGAGGGCUCCAGAGAAAUGGAAGGUGCUGAGGGUCGGUCAGGAGUUAGAGCUCAGAAGGUGCAGGUUCUGUUGUGGGCUGUGGGAAAGAGCCUGUACUUCUGUUGGCCAGCACAGUGUGUUCAUCCCUCACCUCCCAAGUAUAGACGGUUUGACUCUGAAUUUAGAAAAAUCCCUUCUAAAGCUGAGUAGUGUGUUGAGUACAAGGUGUCUCACAGCUUGAGCAAUGUGUGCUUCUCUUUAAUAACUUCUACCUCAACCACCCGAGAGCUGGGAUCACAGCAUGCCACUAAGGCCCAGGUUUUGAAUGGCGUUUUUGGCUGUGUCCAUUGCAGCCUUCUGGUCUUGGACAUUUGCUGAAGUACAGAGAGGACAGUUGAGUGGGGCAGUCAGCCCUGGCCUGUUGUGGUGUCGAUGCCCAGGCCGGUUCACUGCUGCCUCUGCUGUGUGUUCUGACUAUGCUGUCCCCUGGAGUACCAUCUCCAUUGCUCACUCUCCCCUGGAGUACCAUCUCCAUAGCUAACUCUCCCCUGGAGUACCAUC